AGUCUCACGUCACAUUUUGAACUGCGUAGGGGACAGGGGCAUCUUGCGUUUUGUGGGGAGAACAAACAUCACCAUGGAAGAUGUUGUAAUUCUUGAUGAUGAGCCAAACCAAGAGGGAUCGACUGCAUCCGUCAUGUCCGAAUCCGAGGAGGCUUCUGAAGAAACACCCAAUGGCAUGAAAACGGAUGCUGAGGAAACUAAGCUUCCCGAAGAAAAGCAUGACUCUAAAGAGAAGUCCUCUGGGAGCAGAAGAGGGAGCCGCUUCCAUCCCUACAAAGACAAACAUGGUGGAGAAAAGAAGGGUGGUCAUAGGAACCGGGUUUUCAUCAGCAAUAUCCCCUAUGAUAUGAAGUGGCAGGCAAUUAAAGAUCUAAUGCGUGAGAAAGUUGGUGAGGUUACAUACGUGGAGCUCUUUAAGGAUUCAGAAGGAAAGUCAAGGGGUUGUGGUGUGGUGGAGUUCAAAGAUGAGGAGUUUGUGAAGAAGGCGAUAGAAACUAUGAAUAAGCAUGACUUGAGUGGAAGGCCCCUAAACAUCAAGGAGGACCCUGAUGGGGAACAUGCUCGGCGUGUGCUACAGCGCAUGGGAGGAGGACAGCAGGGGGGUCAUGGGCAGGACAUGGGGCCUGGUGGGAUGAACAUCCCGCCCUCCAUUACCAACAACCCCAACAUCCCACCUGACGUCAUCCAUGCACUGCAGGCCGGACGACUGGGCACCACGGUGUUUGUGGCCAAUCUGGAUUUCAAGGUGGGCUGGAAGAAGCUGAAGGAGGUGUUUGGCAUGGCGGGCUUGGUGAAACGAGCAGAUGUAAAGGAGGAUAAAGAUGGCAAGAGCCGCGGGAUGGGAACUGUGACUUUCGAGCAGUCACUCGAGGCUGUGCAGGCAAUAUCCAUGUUCAAUGGACAGAUGCUGUUUGACAGGCAGAUGCACGUUAAAAUGGAUGAGAAAUCUGUUCCUCUUGAGGAUUUCCGCCAAGUGGAGAAAACACCUCAGUUACCUCGGGGUCUAGGUGGUAUUGGCAUGGGACUGGGACCCGGAGGGCAGCCUAUAAACGCCAACCGUCAGAGCGGUGGUGGUGCUGCAGGAGGAGGAGGAGGCAUGGGCUCGAUAGGGCCUGGAGGUAUGGAAGCCCAAGGCUAUGGUGGAAUGAACAGACUUGGAGGAGGAAUGAGUGGUGGUGGGGGCUUUGGGGGCAUGGACAGUAUGGGCAACAUGGGUGGCUUUGGAGGGAGAGACAUGGCGCCAGGUGGCCGGAUGGGAGAUAUGUACCGGUCAGGAAUGGGUGGGAUGGAUCGUGACUUUGGCCACACCGACAUGCCAAUGAAUCGAGGAUUUGGCGACUCUUUUGGAGGAAUGGGUGGAGGAUUUGGAGGCAGCAUGAGCAGUGGUGGCAUGGGGCACAUGGGGACUGGAAUAGGUGGUGGAAUGGGAAACAUGUCGAUGGACCGGAUGGGGUCCAGCUUUGACCGCAUGGGCAUGUCAGGAAUGGACAUGAGCCGCGGCUUUGGCGGCUAUGGAGGUGGUGGGCCGAGUCACAUGGGUGGAGGCAUGUCUGACCGAGGCUCUGGGUCCAAAGCUGGCUGUCAGAUCUUUGUGCGAAAUCUGUCCUAUGAUCUGACUUGGCAAAAGCUGAAGGAGAAGUUCAGUCAAUGCGGCCAGGUAAUGUUCGCAGAGAUCAAGAUGGAGAACGGGAAGUCAAAGGGCUGUGGAACAGUGAGAUUUGACUGUCCAGAUAGUGCUGAGAAGGCCUGCAGGAUGAUGAAUGGAACCAAGAUCAAUGGCCGAGAGGUGGACGUCCGUAUCGAUCGGAACGCCUAAAUCUUUUGUAGAAGUCACGCUAACACACUUCCACAUUCAGCCCUUUUGCCAAUGAUCUUUUGUUUUGUUUUAAAAACACAAUUAUUUCAUAUCUCCAUGUGUCCACUGUUUUUUGUUUUGUUUAUAUAUACUACAUAGUUCUUAUCUUUUGUUUUGUAAACCCCUUUUAAUUUGACGUUUAUUUGGACAAAUAAACUUUUUAAUUUUUAAACCUGGUGGUUUUUCUGUUUUCCAUCAUUGCUCAACACUGCCGUGCAGUGGCCUCUUGAAAAGUGGCAGUUUGCACAUUAACCGCAGAGGGUGGAAUAAAGUGAGAACAGAAUGGACGGAUGUUAUCAGGCUUGGACUCUUGACACUUAUCACAGGAAGCUAUUUAAAUUGCCAGAACUCCCAAGUGUUGUGGUAUUUUUUUUGUUUCAGUAGAACAAGAUAGUCCAUUUACAAUGUUUUACUUUUUAGUUAGAAGACAAGUGGAAAGUUUUUUUUGUUUGUUUUGUUUUUUACUAAUUUUAUAACUUUGAAAGCCAUUAAGACUUGCUCAUAAAAGCUUAUCAGUUCAGUGUUGUGUAGACCGGGCCUCUUUUCACCCACUUCAAAAGGACAAGGCCAAAUAAGCUUAGUUGACACCUUUUAUUACUUGACUCUGACUCUUCAGUUCUGGAUUUAUUUGAACUCAGCAGUCACUCCUGGGACGGCCCAUUUUCUGUUUUUGGGCCUUGAGUAAGAAGAACAAUUGCAGAACAUGAUAAUGGGUCUUAGUUGUAUGAUGAUGAGGCAGGCCUGGAUCUGACAGGCACACACAAGAGAAUGAUCUUUGGCACACUUCCACCUUAAGUUAAAUAUAUAUAUUUAUAUAUAUGAAUUGAGAUCAUCCUCUUCAUGAGAUGUGACCAGCACACGUCUUCUAUGGCACAAUAUCUUAUUGUGUGAGCGGGACCACAUUUCCUUAGACUUCACAGUUUUGGGAAGUGUUUUGGGGCUGCUGUUUGAGUCAAUGUGGCUUCAGUCCUGGUGAGGUCAGAUCUCAGUCACUGCACAAUCUUAUGGGAUUAUUCCCAAUGAUCCCCAGCUCGUAGAGGAUGGACAGAGUGGCAAAGACGAUGUAGCAGAAGAGAGAAACGAGUCCCAACUUCCAGUCCAACUUCCAUCCGUUAAUGUGAACGGAUACAAAGAGGAAGACGAUGGAAAGGAGGAGCGUGGCGGAAAUGAAGACCAGUCCAGUGCUGUUGACCUCUACAGGGUUGUUGGUGUCCACAAAGACAGUUUUGAUGAACCAAGGCAGGCCCAGGCACAGCAUGUCGAAAACAUUAGAGCCCACAAUGUUGGACAUGGCCAUGUCGGCUUUCCCUGAUAAACAGAAAACAUGUUUACAGACUGGAUUUAGGUCUCACUAAGACAAUAUAAGUAUUUUUAACUUGUCAUGUUCUAUAAUGGCUGCUGGAAAAGUGAGUCAGCAAAGUGAAUGAGUAAUCAAUAGUUCCCACUUAGAUGUCUUUCAGCAAGAGCGCAGUGCCCAACUAUAUGUAGAAGGAACUUGGGAAGCACAUUAUUCUUAAUUUUGAUAAUCGUUUAGUUAUGGCUGGCGUCAAAGUAUGGGCGACUGAGAGCAGGUCGUCCACUAAUUGGUAGAUCGGUGGGUCGAACCCCAGCUUCUCCAGUCUGCAUAACAAAGUGUCCUUGGGCAAAAUAAUGAACCCAAAAUUGCUGUGAUUGAGCAUUUAAACUAGAUCUGGAUGAGCAGUUUGGCACCUUGUAUGGCAAACUCUGCCUUCAGUGUAUCAACGUAAUGUAAAUUGCUUUGAAAAGUUAUAUAAAUGGAAGUCAAUUUUACCAUCUUAACAAACUGUAUUCAGGAUGGCUGUGAAUUGCAACUGAUAAAACGUGACACUGAUGUUUACCUUCUCUGGCCACCAUCACACUGGCUACGGUGUCGGGUAUACUGGUUCCAGCAGCAAGGAGAGUGAGUCCCAUAACUGUUUCAGGGAUGCCAAGGGUCUCGCCUGUGUAAACAUAAUACAAACCCACAAUCAAAGUCCACAUCCAACAACAUCAAGCUAGCUAUGGGGUGAGAACAGCAGCUGAUCUUUACUGUAGCUAGAGGGUUAAGAAAUAAUCACUAGAGGCAGGCCUGUAGCAGGAUUUUAGAAAUACUGAGGUCACAAGACCAAAUUCCACAAGCGGAACCACGCCCACCUAAGAAAAUUUCAAUAAGUCCCUAACUUGACUCCACAAGGUGUACUUUUUAAGUACUGUACAUUUUUUAUUCUACGCUUGUGGUGGUCGUGCAAUCGAGACUACUUACUUCCUUUAAUUUUAAUUUUAUUGAUUUUUUUUCAGCCAAACUGCCAAAUUCAGUCUAACAAUAUUUGAACAAGUCUUACAAAAUCCAACAGGUGUAAUGUUUGUAAUCUUUAAAUCCACUAUAAACCACCCGAAUUUCCAGACACAUUACAGAGGACACAACCUAGCAGCUAUAACUCUGGUUGGAGGCCAUUGUGAAGGAAACAAAUAUUUACAGUUAGUCCAGAUAUUCUGAACCAACAUCCUCAAUGGCACAAUGUAUGCUUGAGUUGUACCUGCUCAGUCCCAUGCCUGCUGCUCUUUCAUAAGACUAAACUCUCCUUCCAUGUGAGCCGGUCUGACGACUAUGGGAUAAUAAUCUCAUUAUACUCCAGUAGACCUACCACCGUCACAUGAUGAAGAUACCCCUU